AUGUACGAUAUGUUAGAUAUAGAUAAAAAUAAUGUUUGCGUGGCGGUGAGGCCGGGAACGAGUGCAAUUGCUUAUGUGUACAUUGGCGGAGAAGCUCCUACACUGGAGGAGUCUUGCGAGAGAGCUGCUGAGAAGGCUGUCCGUAGCCUUAUAAAAAAAUAUGAUGUUGUUGUUGAGGAUUUUACUUCUGCUAGCAAUAAGGCCCUUGAAAGAUGUGCGAGGUUGUAUCGUCUCAAGAGAGUUGAGUUAGAGGGUAUUGAAAGCGGACAUCCACAGGUCCUGCCUCCAGAACAUCAUUGUAUGGACAUUCGAGUUUCUGUGAAACACGUGCGUCUGGAUUAUAUAGGAGUAUUGCGCACCGUGGUUGCCCAGACUCAAGUCUUGCUUGCUCCUAUUGAGCAUCUCCAGUUUGGGCCUCACACUUGGGUUUGUUGGUUGACAUUCACAAGUCCGCACAAGAGUAAUGCUAUGGAGUCUGUUGUUGGGGAUUAUACAGAGACUCUUGAGGAUGCUAAGCAAAGUGUAGCAAAGAAGGCCAUCUAUUGCUUGAUGCGCCUCUAUGCUUUUGAACUUGUAGACGCGAACUAUGGGUCUGGGAAAUACGCUGCUGUUGUGUAUUCUCUUGAACAAGAAAGUUGCUCGACUGUGAGGGAGCGCAUGUCCGGGGUUAAAGAAACUAUUCAGCCUAGCGCCCUUGUGAUUGAGCAAGACUGCUUGACUCCCCGUGGUUGUCCAUUUCAGAUACCCUCUAUGAUUACUGCUCCUCUCCCCCCCAAAAAGCGCAUGUCCAGACCCUCUUUUGUCAGGCCAUCUGUUCCUGGUUCUACUUCUGCAACCCCGGUCUUCUUUGUUCCACCUGAACUUGACACUGUGUUCAAACGCCGGAAGACUCUGUCAAGCUUGUUAGGUAGUUCAAGUUGUAAUGGUGCUAUGUUUAGAAAUUCUGGUUCGUCGUAUAUGGCGAUCAUAUUGCUUUUCCCUUUCCUUGAUGUAUCGUGUCUCACUUCCCUGAUGCUGCCUCCUGCUCAUGUCUGUAGGUUGUGUUCACAGUUAUUGAAUGUUGGAUUAAACAGCCGAUGGUUUGUGCAGGGAACUGAACAUUUGGAAAUAGGUAGCGUGCCAACUUAUGUGAUGAAUCAAUUCUUGAGUAGUUCGUAUGUAAGCCGUCCAAGAUGCAGCAAGCGCAUGAGGAGUGUGCAGGCCAUGGCUGAGCCUACAGGUUCAUGCAGUGAGUUGCCUGAGGUUAGAACACAACCACCCAAGAAACCGAGGGCAAAGAAUACUAGGCCAAAACCACCAAAGGUGCCUGCUGCAGUGAUUGGACAGCCAUUACCGGCUGCACCUCUUGCACUAUCUCCACCUGAAUAUUGCCCAAAAUGUUCUGCAAAGAAGUUCCAAUUUGAGUCGCUGCACUUUUGUUGCGGCAAUGGAGAAAUUAAACUAGCUUCCAAUGCAUACCCAGAUGAGCUUGUAAAGCUAUUUGAUUCCCGAGACAGUGAUGCUGUGCAUUUCAGAACAUAUGCACGGCUUUACAAUAAUCUAUUUGCUUUUAGCUCCCUUGGGGGGGACUUAAGUUCGAAGACCGAAAAAGGCAUAUAUGUAUUUAAGCUACAUGGGCAAAUAUAUCACUAUCUCCCUAAUUUGCUUCCCACUAAUGACAACCCUAAAUAUUUGCAACUAUACUUUUAUGAUGGCCAACACGAGGCUGAAAAUCGGGUAGGCUGUUUCCCAGAAUUAAAGCCAGAAAUUAUCGCUAUCCUAAUGAAUGUCAUGCAAAGAAACCCAUAUGCUAGAUUUUUUAGAUCCUUACAAGAAAUGGAGGUCCAUGAAGAUACCCAGAUUUUACUUAACAAAAACACUGUGCUAAAUCAGAAUGUCUAUAACGCUCCUACAUCCGAUGAAGUUGCAGUCAUUUGGUCUGAAAGCACAUCUUCCAGUACAAGUAGAAGUCCACAUAUAUUGGUUUCCGGAAAAUCAAACAGUUCCCAUAGAAUAAUGCAUUAUUAUGGUUGUUAUGAUGCACUUCAGUAUCCGCUCUUAUUCCCAUUUGGAGAUUGUGGAUGGCAUCAAGGGCUUAAAAAGAUGUCAACGGGUGGGCAACAACAGCUUGCCACUCAUCAGGAUCCUGUCUUAUCGUGUGCUGUCCACACUGUUGAAGACUUCUUGGCUCAAGAAGAUAACCUUGCUCAUCAAGGUCGGGAAGGAUCAGCUAAGCAUAUCUCUUGCAGAGAGUAUUAUGCUUAUAAGCUUCAGAUACGCCCUUGUAACAUGCUGCUAAGGGCAGGGAGGUGCUUCCAACAGUACAUUGUUGACAUGUACGUGAAGAUUGAAAACACUCGCUUGGACUUUUUCCGAAAGAACCAGCAAACUAUCAGGGCAGAUUUGUACCAAGGUAUACUCGACACUGUCGAGAGCGGUGAAAACAGUGCAGCUAAUGUGGGGCAUCGAGUUGUGUUACCACCAAGUUUUCUGGGGGGGCCUAGGGAUAUGAAAAAGAGGUAUUUGAAUGCGAUGUCCUUAGUUAAGAAGUAUGGGAAGCCUGAUUUGUUCCUUACAAUGACGUGCAAUCCUAAUUGGCCAGAGAUUAAACAAGAGUUGGCUGUCGGAGAGGAGGCACAAAACCGGCCAGAUUUAGUUUCAAGGAUUUUCCGUGCUAAACUGAUAGCGCUAAAACACCAUAUCAUGAAAAAAAAAAUAUUUGGUGAAGUUGCUGCUAUGAUAUAUGUUGUUGAGUUCCAGAAACGGGGGUUGCCGCACGCUCAUUUCCUUGUUAUCCUUAAACCCAAUUCUAAGAUUAGAAGCCCUGCUGACUUUGAUAAGUUUGUUUCUGCUGAGAUCCCUCCUCUUGCCAACCCUCACUUGAGGAAGAUUGUUCUUCAACACAUGAUGCAUGGCCCAUGUGGACAACUGAACCCUGAUUGUGCGUGCAUGAAACGGAAAGGUAAUGAGGGGCACUGCAAGUAUGGAUAUCCGAAAAAAUUUGCUGCCGAGACAACUAACAGCAGCGAUGGAUACCCACUUUAUAAAAGGAUAGAUACUGGAGAAAGUGUUUGUAUUCGCAGGGUUAAUAUGGAUAACAGGUCAGUUAUUCCGUAUAACCCGUACCUAUCAUCACUUUUUGAUUGCCACUUAAACGUUGAGGUUUGUUCGACCAUAAUGGCAGUCAAAUACCUGUACAAAUAUGUGUACAAGGGCCAUGACAGGAUCUCAUUCAACGUGCAGGAUGGUAGCACUGCUAUUGUUGAUGAGAUACAACAGUACCAGGUUGGGAGGUGGGUUUCCCCGUGUGAGGCAGCAUGGAGAAUUUUCGGGUUCGAUCUGUUUGAGAUGUUUCCAUCGGUGUUGCCUCUGCAAAUACAUCUGCCUAACUUGCAGACAAUCCAGGUAAUGCCUCAUGAGAAUUUAGACGAGAUCAUUUUAAAUGAUAAAAGAUCUCGAACUCAACUUACAGAAUUCUUUAGGAUGAAUGCUGCCACACCUGAUGGAACGGGCUAUACAUAUGCAGAAUUUCCAGAGCAUUAUAAGUGGGAGGGUAAAGAAUGGAAAAAAAGAAGCAACAAGACCGUUGUUGUUGGCAGGCUCACUUUUGUAGCACCUGCUGAAGGGGAACGUUACUUCCUCAGAUUAUUACUGAUGCAUGUGGAUAGCCCGCGAUCCUUUGAUCAUCUCCGAACUGUUGAUGGAUAUAAGUGUGCCACUUUUCAGGAGACAGCUCUGCGGCUGAAAUUGCUAGAGGAAGACAACGCUGUCGACUUGUGCUUAGCUGAAGCGUGUGAAGUGCAAAUGCCGACUGCAUUCCGACAGCUCUUUUCAACAGUGCUGAUCUUCUGCCAGCCAAGUGACCCCAAUGCCCUUUGGUUAAAAUACUACGACGCUCUCUCUGAAGAUUAUAGGCACCAGUAUCCGAGUUCUGAUAGCAGGUCAAGGGAGCUCACUGUUAGAUCUGUUGAGCAAUCUCUUGAAGCAAUGGGGAAAUCAUUUAGAGACUUUGGCCUACAACAUUUAAAUGAUUUUCAAGAUGAAGAGUUCAGGCGAACAAAAGACAUUAUCGAUGCACUUGAUGCACCGAUACCUCGGGACUGUAUUGAUGCCCGUAACACAUUAAACCAAGCACAGCAGGAGGCAUUUGACAGCAUUAUUGACCACGUUCUUAAAGGGAAACCUGGUGCAUUCUUCAUAGACGGGCCCGGAGGAACAGGUAAAACCUUCCUAUACAAUGCUCUCUAUGCAGAGGUUCGUUUGAUGAACAAGAUUGUCCUACCAACUGCGACAUCUGGAAUUGCAGCAUCAAAUAUACCUUCUGGGAGGACUGCUCACUCUCGGUUUAAAAUACCGAUAGAUUCUGAUGCUUCCCUUGCUUGCGAUGUUCCUAAACAGGGCAGUCUUGCAUGUUUACUAAAAGAGACAUCGUUGAUUAUUUGGGACGAAGCUUCAAUGGCAAGGAAAGAAAAUGUUGAGUCAUUAGACAUGCUUCUACGAGACUUGUGUGAUGAGAAUACCCUUUUUGGUGGCAAGCUUGUGGUUUUUGGUGGCGACUUCCGUCAGGUCCUGCCCGUCCUACCCCGCAAAACACAGCGAGAAGCUGUUGCUGCUAGCUUAGUGAGUUCUGUUCUUUGGCCUCGGUUCAUUAGGUUCAAUCUCACUGAAAAUGUUCGGGCAAGAGAAGAUCCCUACUUUUCUGCGUUUUUGCUUUCUCUUGGAAAUGGUGAGCUGCAAACCGGCGAGAAUGACCUUGUGCAAUUGCCAAUGCAGAUAGUACACCCAUCUGAGGUCGCUUCUGAUCCUAUUGCCGAACUUACUGCAAUUGCAUUUCCCGAGGUAGAUGUUUGCAGGUCCACCCCAGGCAAUUUCACAACAACGACUAUACUGACCCCCCUGAAUGAAGAUGUUGAUGAUAUCAAUGCUACCCUGAUAGACAAAUUCCCUGGAGAAUCUGUUAUGUACAGGAGUUUUGAUACAGUUCUUGAUGAUAAUAGCGCGAUCUAUCCUCCUGAAUUUAUACACACCCUCUGCCCAGGUGGAAUGAGCCCAUACAAGCUCGUCUUGAAGAAAAAUUGUCCAGUUCUUCUGCUUCGCAAUAUCCUGCCUUCGUCUGGCCUGUGCAAUGGGACACGUAUGAUAUGCAAGAAUUUCUACCCGAAUCUGAUUGAAUGCAUGAUCACGACUGGGCAGCACAGCGGAAGCCAUGUUUUUAUACCCCGAAUUAGGCUUCGGUCGUCUGCAUCUUCCAAUUAUCCUUUCCAAUUUCAGAGGAAACAAUUCCCUAUAAAACUAAGCUUUGCAAUGACGAUAAACAAGUCACAAGGGCAAACACUGAGCCAAGUCUCCAUCUAUCUUCCCCAGCCGUGUUUCUCCCAUGGUCAGCUUUAUGUGGCAUUGUCUCGUGCUAGAAAAGCAUGUAACGUCAAAGUUGUUUCAAAACAAUCUCCGGGACACCAACCUGAGCACCAUGUUAGAAAUGUCAUCUCUUAUGAUGUGCUCAGAUUAGCCGCUUGCUUUGUUAUUAUUCUUGUACGGCUUACUGUAACCAAACAUGUUCAUGCCAUGCAGUUGUUGCUCCUUUUUGUGCCUUUUGGUUUGUGCUGCAAAUAUGCCCGUGAAAAACAGCCCACCUGUGUAGAAAAUCAUGCAAGCACAUGCAUUCUAAUGUCAUCUGCAGAUCAAGAAAUUUUUGGUGUUCAUAUAUGCCAAGUGAGGGCUCUGAUAGCUCAUACAACCUCAUAUUAUUCUUUCUUAUUUUGUGAGUCCCUUUGUGUUCUACUCUCAUUAUUAAAGCACCUAAGCUCAAGCGAUUGGGUGACACUAAAACCAGUGUUAUUAGGUCGUUUAAAUGCAAGUCCUUAA